AUGAAACGAAGUAUAUCUACUCAGUCGUCACUAUUAAAUUUUUGUCAUAAGAAAAACAAUCAGGGUGAAUUGGAUUCAGAAUUAAUUACUACAGAAGAAGAAAUUCCGUGUGAAUCUACUACUGAAAAAGGUGUAUUAGAAAGUACUCUAGAAUUACUAGAACUUCGAGAUGUUGGACGGUAUAUAAAUUUUAGAAUUACUGAAGAUAAAUUUAAGUACGAUUUAUUAAAGAAUCCAUGGCUUCCUUAUUCAAAUUAUAAUUUUCCGGUUGUGUCAAAAAGACAAUUAAAAUUCAAAAUGUCUUGGUUAACACGGUUUUCUUGGUUAGUUUAUUCGAAGAAAUUAGAAGGAGCAUUAUGUAAAAUAUGUGUUUUAUUUUCUAAUGAGUGCAUCGGAAAAGGUUCAAAUCAAAAAGUGGGUGCUUUAGUAAGUAAACCUAUUAUUAAAUGGAAAGAUGCUUUAGAAUAUUUUAAAUCACAUUGUAUUAUAGAUUACCAUAAAUUGUCUGUUAUACGCGCUGAUGAAUUUUUACAAAUAAUGGAUAAUAAAAAACCCGACAUUUCUAUAGCUAUCGAUUCAGCAUAUAAAAACCUGGUUUUGGAAAAUCGUGCUAAAUUGGUUCCAAUUAUUGAAACAAUUAUUUUUUGUGGUCGUCAGGAAGUGGCAUUAAGGAGAGACAAUGACAAUACACCUAUUUUAGCUGCAGUGCUGAUAACAACGAUGGAAAUUUAA